CAAAAUUUGCCCAGAGACACCGUUAAAAGCAUGGCUUUGCCAAAGACCACUAAAAAAUUACAUCCCUGCCGAGAGACACUGUAAAAUCAGUUGCAUUGGCUGGAAGACACCAGAACUAAUAUUAUAAUCAACUUAAUUGGGAAGUGAUAGGAAAUGACACUUUUACCCUCCUACCUUAUCCUCCUGUCCACGAGACUUCCUCCUCCCGUCCAACACAACAUCGCAGGCUGCGGCCCUCCUCGCGGCCACACCAACAGGCGGACGGCCGAUCUCCCCGGCGGCCGGCCCUUCGCCGGCAGCGGCCACGCCGGCGGCAGGCCUCCCCAGCACGCAGCUCUCCUCGGCACGCGCGACUCGCUCCACAGAGGCCCUCCCCCCCCUCCCGUAGAGUGCAGCUGCGCCACUCCGUCGCCGCCCCUUCUGAGCGGCCAAAUCCGACGGCUGCCGCAAGAUGGAGGCUCCACGAUACCUCAGCGACAUUUUCCCACAGGAGGCGGCCGGCCUUUCGUGGAUUCCUGAUGGGAUGGAUCCCAAUUCGUCCUACAGGCUUGCUGUUCGUGUAGGCGCUUAUGUUAAAAUUAAUGAUGAUGGCAGUCGUGAGUAUUGUGAGGCUCUUAACAUUGCUAAGAUCUUAGACAGGGAUAUCUCGAAUUGGGAUGAUAUGCUAAAUGAACUUGCAACAGACAUUAACCUAGGGUGUAACCACAAGUUGCGUGUCACCUAUUGGGACAAAAUGAGUCGUAACUAUGAAGAAAUUACAUCUGAUCAGAAAUUGUUGCAUGCAAUUGACAUGUAUUGGGAGAUAAGAAGACUCUCAUUGCAAGUGUGUGUUAUCAAAAAGAAUGAUUCUGAAUUUAUGCAUGAUGUUGGGCGGCAGGAGAGCAUGCCUUGUGUUUUACAAGGAAGCACUGAUGCCCCAGCCAAACAAAUUAAUGCCCAACCUCCACUUGAAAUUGCAUCACCUCUUCUGGAGUUGCAAAAUCAGAAUAGUGCUGCAGUGCCUUGGGUGGAUGAUGAUAUAGAGUAUGUCGGUUUGGAUGAUGAGGAUCCUUUCAAAACUUUGCUUUCUGAUUCAUCCGAUUCUGAAAAUAAUGGUGAUGUGGAGUGUGUUGGCUUGGAGGACGAUCUAGUUGUUGACGAUGCAUGGGGUUGUGAGACUAUUAUCCAUGUGACUGACUUAGACAACCCAACAAUAGCAGUUGGUAUAAUUUUUGGGGAUGGUGAUACUUUCAAAAAGGCUAUUAGACAAUAUGCAAUAAAAGGUGAAUAUGAAAUUGCAGCUGCCUAUUCUGAGUCGACAAGGUAUCGUGGUUAUUGCAAAGCUGAAGGGUGCAAGUGGAAGAUACAUGCUUCCAAGAUGCAAGGUGAAAGUACAUGGAAGAUAAAGAAGAUACCAUUUGAACACACUUGUCACAGCACCGGAAAAGUUGAGAAGAAUAGCAUGGCAACCAACCACUGGGUCAGGGACAGGGUUCUUAAUUGGCUUACAAAGGAUCCUACAAUUGGAGCUGCAGCAUUGAAGAAAAGACUGGAAGAAGAGUAUCACUUGCAGCUGUCAUAUUAUGUAGUGUGGGAUGGUAGAAAUAUGGCUUUAGAACAACUCAAAGGCAAGUGGGAUGAUAGUUUUGAGCAUGCUUUCAGUUUCAAGGCUGAGGUGGAGACAACCAAUCCAGGCAGUUUGGUGGAUAUUGAAUAUGAGCAAGUUGGAAAUAAGAUGAGAUUUACAAGAAUGUUUGUUGCCCUGAAAUCUUGUGUGGAUGGUUUCCUGAAUGGUUGCAGGCCAUUUCUCGGUGUGGAUUCUACCCAUUUGACUGGAAAAUGGAAGGGUCAACUUGCAUCCGCAACUUCUAUUGAUGGGCACAAUUGGAUGUUUCCUGUGAGUUAUGGUGUAUUUGGAUCAGAGACAACUGAAAAUUGGUUAUGGUUUUUCAGCAGACUUCAUCAAGCUAUUGGAUCACCUCCAGGUCUAGUGAUCUCAACAGAUGCAGGCAAAGGAAUUGAUUCAGCUGUUACACAAGUCUUCAAAAAUGGGGUGGAACAUAGAGAGUGCAUGAGGCACUUAGUCGCAAAUUUCCAAAAGCGAUUUCGAGGUGAGGUCUUCGAGAAGCACUUAUGGCCAGCAUGUAGAGCUUUUCAAAGGCACAGGUUUGAAGAGCACUACGAUCUGAUGUAUGAAGCCUGUCCUGAAGCUAUGAAGUGGAUACAUGAAAACCAUAAGCACCUUUGGACAAGGCAUUUAUUCUCUGAGGCAAGCAAAUGUGACUAUGUAACAAAUAACAUAGCUGAAACAUUCAACAGCUGGAUCAGGCAAGAAAAAUCCCUACCUGUAAUUGAUCUUAUGGAUAGGAUAAGACAGCUAUUGAUGCAGAAAAUGUUCUUGAGAAGAAAAAUUGCACGGAAGCUUAAAGAUAAGAUGUUGCCUAACAUCAUGAAGGAUCUCAACUCAAGGAGUAGGGGGCUGAAAUAUAUGUGGAGGUAUUCACACAAAGAUGGUGGUCAAAAUGAUGAGAUGUUAGGUGAAGUCGAAGGUGUUACAAAGGAUCUAGUUCAUUGGAGGCAUACUGUUGAUCUUCAAGAGAGGAAGUGUACCUGCAGGCGUUGGCAAGUUACUGGUCUUCCAUGUACACAUGCCUUGUGUAUUAUCACCUCAAUUCGAGGUUGUAAUAUCGAAGGCUAUGUUCAUGAGUACUACUCUGUUGCCAAGUUCAAGAAAGCCUAUGAGAAGAGUGUGAAGCCAAUGACAGAUAGCAAACAAUGGCCUAAAGUUGACCCUGGGUUUAAGUUGUGGCCUCCAAUUCUAAAGAGGGCAGCAGGAAGACCAAGGAAGAGAAGGUACAAAUCAGCUGCAGAAGGAGGAACUGUAAGAAGAACCACAAAAUGCACAAGAUGCAAACAGUUUGGACAUAUGGCAAAAACAUGCAAUGAAUACGUAUAUGAUUCUGAUGCCCCACCACCUGCUCCUCCAAAGCCAAAGAAAAAGCGAGGCAAGAAAAGUGUCACUGUAGUACCAUCUAGUGUUGUUGCCUCGCUGCAAGAACAACCAUCACGUGCUGAUCCAUUCGCUACACCAACUAGAGCCAUCAGUUGUGCUUCUACACCAAGCCCUGUGACAAGAAGCAUGUCAAGGAAGUUGUUGGAACUAGAGCCAUCUACACCAACUAGAGCAAUCGCUACAGUUUCUACACCGAGCCCUAUGACAAGGAGCCGCAAAAGGAUACUAGAACUUGAAGACAUCAUAGAGCCAGUUGCUUCUCAAACCACAUCUCCAGUUGCUAUUGAGAAGGGAAAGGCAAAAAAAAUUGAAGGUUGUCAGGUCCAGGAAAAAUUAGAGUGUGCUGAAAAAACAUGAAGGCAAUAUUUUGGAGCACUAUAGCUCAAAUUAUGUUAUUUUCUAUUGCUGCACUUGCUAGGGAAAUGUGGCUGAAACAUGUGAUGUAUUUGCUGUCAAAUGUGGCUGAAACCAUGUCAUUUUGUAUUGCUGAAUCUGAUACUUAAAUAUUGAUGAACCAUGUAUUUUCUAUUGUUGGAUAUGCUCCCGUUGCAGCUAAUAGAUCUA